CAAGAGCCAGACUGGUUGCUUCGGUAACACUCUCCUUAAAACUGAGAAUAAAGUUCGCAGAAAAGUUGAUCGUGGAAGCUACAAGUCCAUACUUGAAACAGAGGCUAGGAUUUGGGGAUGGAGGCAAGCUUUAGUCUAUAUUGGUGGAUCAUUCGGCUUUUCUCAUAAAAAAGAAGACCCGGACGGGCCUUUAAUUAUUAAUAUUGUGGUUCAACUUAAGAAAAUGUUAGAUGAAAUUUCUUAUCGAAGAAAUUAUCUUUUUAUCAUAGAGAAGUCUCUGAUGCAUCCCCAGGAGGCAUUAACGUCCUUAUUACAAGCUCUAAACAUUAAGAAGUCAGAUCUUGAAGAUCUUAUUACAAGGCCGUUUAUUCAGACCAGAGGCACUGAUCAUCUGGUUUUUCUUGACCUGAUCUCUCUUAAAAAUCCUAUCCUCGGUCAGCGGCUAAUCAAGCGUGUUCAGGAUGGAAUGAUUUUCUUGGUGUUGCUAGGUUCUGUUGACGGCUCCGUUGAGGAUGUUGAUUUCAAGCCUCGCUUGUUGUCCAGGAAACCUCGACUAUUUCCUGGUAACAAGCUUAUUGUCUCCCCUCAAGAAAUUCAAGAGCAAAGCUACUUUUCACCAGUUCAAGUCAGCAAUGUGUUAGCAAUGGCAGAGAGUAAUGAAAAUACUCGGAAUCGUCUUGGUGUAGAUAAAAACUCCGAUUGUUCUUUGACCUGCUUUUCAUUGUUAUGCAACAUUAUGAAACGUUUUGAAAUGAUGAUAAAUCCUCCUCCGCCUAGAGUGUUCAUCAGUUUCGGCGAGAAGCAGCUCGAAAUGAACCUAGUAAGUUCUCUGAAAACAGAAUUUGAAUCAAACGAAAUCUCGGUAUAUAUAGAAGAUGAGACAAAGGAGAGGAUCAAAGAGUCAAAGGUUGCAAUAGUUGUCUUCUCAGACAAGUACCCUGAGUCACCAGAGUGUCUUGAUGAGCUCGUUGAGAUCAAGAAGCUUAUGGACGUAGGAGAGAUCACUCCCUUCCCUAUUUUCUACAAGCUAAAGGAUGUUCCUAGGCUAGCUCAAUCAGUUAAACAACUGAAGGGUUGUUUCCGUAAUAGGCUUCUCAAGAUAGAACAAGAAGUGCGCAAAACCGUCAAUAGGGACAAUGUGAACUCUAUACUAGAUACCGAAGCUAGAAUCUGGGAAUGGAGACAAGCUAUCUCGUCCAUUUCCUCAAGACCAGGCUUGAGCAAUGAAAAUAGCUCUGAUCCAGUGUUCUUCACUGAUGUCGUGACCAAGGUCAAAAAACUGUUUGAAUUUAAGGCUAUACCGAAGAAGUCAAGUUCCUAUAUAAUUACUAAUCAAGUGAUUGAAGAAAAGCCUAUAAUGCAUCGACAGAAGACAGCACCAGCAAUACCAACAGUCAAAUCCGUAGAUGAUGACUUAUUCUACUCCCUACCUUCGUUCUUACAAGCUCUAGACCUUGAAAUUACUGACUUUGAGGGCUUCACCGAGAUGCACAGUGGUCUCAUAUCUCUGAGCCUAAAAAGACACAGUAAUCUAGUAUGUCUGAACUUGGGUUCUCUUGAAAAGCUCGUCCAUUUUCGGUGUUCUGACUCAUUCGAAUUCCUUAGUCAGGUCUCUCCCCAACCCUACUUUGUUCUCUUCAACUACAAUAAACUUUUGGUUGUUUCUUUUGACAUUCUUUAUUUCUCUGCAAUAAACUUAUGUAUUAAUUCUCUGCAGGGUUUUGGUCUGAAUCAUCCCGGUAUCAGCAGAUUUGAAGAGCCUUCCCGGGUCCUUGAAAUAGAAUCAUCUCAACCCCAACAACGGUUUGAUAACGUCUUAUCGUCUCAUCUCAAAAUCACCAAUAUCACAUAAACCAGGUUCAAAUCCAUAGCAAGUCCAAUAUGCAUACCUCGUUACAAAUAACCACUCUGUUUUCUUUUACGUCUCUUAAAAUAUAGAUGAUACUUAUAUUAACCUUAAACUUAAAUUUACAGAUUAAACAACUUCAGAAGCAAACAUGUUUUGAGAUGUGUUUGAGUUAGAGACAGGACGCUUUAUUUGGUACUUGGGCGUCACGUUAAGCCCUGUCUAGCUUUACUUCAAAUAAU